CGGCGCUACCAUUGUUCAACUUGCCGUGUCGUCUCCUGGGAGAUGACCUUACCUUAUUUGGGCGGCAAUUAAGUACGCAGCACGCUAGUAACUCCCGGUGGGAUUCCUGCGGGUUUGCUUCGACAGCUAGGGCUGCAAAUAUCAGAGCUCGGCGAUCAACAGGUGUUGGAAAUGACCCACCACCAUAUAGCCUGAUCAGCCCUGGGGAUUGUGGGAUACAUGACCGGGGAUUCCGUACCUACGCAGCAGGGACCCCGCAGCCUCAGGACCAGAUAGCCGCCAUCAUUGGCUCAUCACCAUGCCUGGAAAGAAAGGGAGGAAAGGAGCGGUCAGUGGGAAGGUCAAGCCUCGCAAGAAGGGCCGGAGCCGCUCGGCCAGCGGGAAGAAGGGCAAGAAGAAGGGGAAACGUUCGGCGAGUUUGUCGCCUCUCCGGAGCAAAUCCGCGGGGGACGUGGACAUUAUGAGCCCCGCAGCCAUGGAGAACGGUUACUACAUUGCCCACAAUGCACCACACUUCCUAGAACUGCGAGGAUUCGGGUGGUCAGGGGCGAAGUCUGCCAAGGGCAAGAAAGGAAAAGGGAAGAAAGGGAAGAAGAAAAAGAAGUGAUGUCCAUCGUCAGAUGUUGCCAGUGGAUUUUUUUAAUAUUAUAUUUGCAGUUUUUAUCUAGGUAGACGUAUGAAAUAAUUGGAGUCUUUUGUAAACGGAACAAGACAUAAUUAUGACAUGAGUCAAUCAAUUUACUUCUCCAACAAAACUGUGGAAAUGAAAUAGAGAAAUCUGGGUGAUUUUUAAUGUAUGUACAAUUAUGUGGGAGCGCCUUGAUUGACCGAAUCUGUCUGAUCACGAAUGACUAGUAGUA